UAUAAACAUCGAAAAUAAAAGAAUGAGUAACAUUCAUUCCCUAAAACGUUUUAAAGAGCUCCAGUUACUAAGCACUAAAGUUUCCAAACGCUAUGCCCAAUGAGUCUGUAAUAUUGUCUAUUUCUUAUUUUGUAAAAAAUUUGGAAGAUCAGCAUUAGAUAUGGAAGAGCAGAAAAAGAAUUCAGGGACAUGCAGGAGCUGGGAAGAGGAAACUUAUUGGAAACAUUUUCACUUUGUGCAUUUCUUUCAAAUUCUUCCUACUUAUUUCCUUCAUCACCUUACACUUCCGACAAAAUUUACUGCAAAUGAGAUAGCCAAAUUACCUGAAGUUGUAAUUCUCAAAGGCCCCAAUGAAAUCAUUUGGCAUGUCAACUUGCUGAAAACUGACAGUAAUCAUGUUAUGAUAACUGGAGAUGGUUGGAAAGAAUUUGUCAAAGCUUACUCCUUGCAAAAGAAAGACCUCAUUAUCUUUAAGUAUGACAGAGCAGGCAAAUGCUUUGAGGUGUUGAUCUUUGAUCCAGCUAGUUCAUGUGAGCGAGAAGCCUCUUAUUUUGUCAGACAGCAUAAACAAACACAAACUUAUGGUGGUUUUGAUGGACAAGCGAAGAGUACAUCAUAUGAGUAUGUCAUCUGCUCUUCUGACAGCACUGCUAACACUGAUGAAGAUAGGGAAUCAGGCAAAGACAAGUCUAAACAGCAGAAAGCCGAGAAAGUUAAUGUUUGUACUCAAAAGGGGGUGUCUACUAGCGUAGGUGCUUCUACAAUAAUUAGAGAAGUUCCAUCAAAUUAUGCAACUAAAAGGAAGGCCAUUAAUGCACAUGGUAAUCCUUCAAUAAAAGCUCGCAUUUGCUCUGCUGCUCGUGGUAGAAAUAGAAACAAAGAAGCGCCAUUAAAGAAGCAGUCGGAGACAAGGAAGAGCUACAAAGGUCCUUGCUAUAUAUCAAACAGAGGGCCUGUGACUGAGUCAGAAAAAAGCAAAGCUUUUGCAAUGGCUUGCAAAUCAGCUACCAAUGAAAGCUUCAUCGUGAUCAUGAGACCUUCGCAUGUAUAUAAACGAUUUUCUUUGGUAAUUCCGCGAAGAUGGAAAGCCGAAAAUUUUUCACGGAAAACAUUUCAAGAGGUGAUUCUUCGAAUCAAAGACAAAACAUGGGUGGUCAGCUUUUGUGCUACCAACAACCAUGGACAUGGUGGAUUCGAAGGUGGAUGGAAAAAAUUUGCACUCGACAAUUUCUUGGAGGAAUUCGAUGUGUGUUUGUUUGUGCCUGGUGGUCAAGAGAACAAGAGUUUUGUGCUGGAUGUUAAUAUUUUUAGAGUUGUUGAUGAACUUACUCCACUUAGCCCAGUAAACUAGUAUGGAGAUUUCAAUACCUCAUAUCAUUACAAAGUUCAAAUCAUCAACUACCCAAGAUCAGAUAUGAUGCCGUAUUUUUCUUCCCAAGGUGGGAACACGUGCUUAGCCGUUUACUCCCCUGGAUUUGAUAAACUGUUAGGACUCUAUAUAAUAUGUAUUAUGAUUGGGAUUGUUAUUUCUAGUAAGACUCUCUAAAUAAGUUGUAUAAAUAUAUUCCUAUGAUGAA